UCUGGGCUGUAGAGAUCACUGCUCCGCUGCAGGAAGUGAUGCAGGGAAAAUUCACAUUAAUGUACACUCAAUUUGGGCAGCAAAAAAGAGAGAAGAAAUAAAAAAGAAACUGAUCUAUAUCCGCUUUCCCCACUUUAGCUAUUACCUAUACAUUUGAAGGGAGAGGUAAUGAUACAGAAGAGUUAAAGUGUUAUGUUAAAAAGCAGUCGGAAGGCAGGACUUUUAUCAAUUCGAGAAGGCUGUUUUGUCGUCUAACCUGUGUGGGACUUAGCUAAAAGGCUGGGAGUGAUGAGUGUCAAAUUCUCGACAGUAUAUUGAUUCAUUUAAAAGGGGUCGGCAACCCUGGUCCUGGAGAGCCGCAGGGUGUGCUGGCUUUCGUCUCCACCUUAAAAUAAGCAACCGAUUCAGACCCAAGAAACCAGAAUUGCGGAUGUCCAUCUCAGUGCUGCAGUAUGAAGAGAUGAUUCCUCCUGUGCACAUCACCAAUGCAUUCUGAGAAAAUUCUAAAUUCGUCACCUUGGGUACUACUCCACCGUACUGUAAACCUGAUUCCCAAAGGAGAGAGAUGUGCUGUUCUCCCUGCCAGUGCCCUCACUCUCUGGAUGGCACCGGGAAUGAGGGUUAAGUACCAGCAUUGCAAGACUCCCCCAGAGCCAGUAGCUGUGUUUUUGUUAUUGUGGUAAUAUUUUUCCUGUUGAUAAAUUAGUAUAGUGGAAUUCUUCCAGGAAAUGUGUAUGUACAAGAAGUAAAAGGCCAAUUAUUUGGUUCCAGGCUGGCUCAACUCUAGUCUGUCAAUCAACAUGCUCAACUGUCAAUCACAGAGCUCUCUUACCAUGUGGAAUAUUCCGCAAAAGAGAAACAUGGCCUCUUUUACAGCGUAUGAUGGUGUGCUGAGGGGCGUGGCUGGGCGUGGAGGCGGAGCCAGCCAGGCCUGAAGCAGAGAGCGGGGGAGAGGAGGAGGACAACCACCGGGGCUGAGAGAGACAUGGGCCAGUGCGUCACCAAGUGCAAGAACCCAUCGUCAUCGCUAGGCAGCAAGAGUGGAGACAAGGAUCCGGGGAGUAAGUCUCAUCACAAGAAGGGCGGAGGCGGCGGCUUUAAGGAGGAGCCGGGCCCGGUCUGUGGGAAGUCCACCGGAGACCUGCUGGCCAACGGCACCAAAACCAUGGAGGUGAUGGCAGAGCCGCCGGUCACCCCGGCACUUUUGGCCGACCCCCACAAGGAAGACCCGUCGGGCAACGGUGAGGAUUUCUCGCUGCUGCGCAUCGAGGAGCUCUUCGCCAACUACAAGGACGAGCAGGACGACGCCGUCCUGGAAGAGGGCAUGGAGCGCUUCUGCAACGACCUGUGCGUGGACCCCGCGGAGUUCCGCGUGCUGCUGCUGGCCUGGAAGUUCCAGGCUGCCACCAUGUGUAAGUUUACAAGGAAGGAGUUUGUGGAGGGCUGCAAAGCCAUCAGGGCGGACAGCCUGGAGGGCAUCUGCGCUCGGUUCCCCUGCAUGCUGCUGGAGGCCCGGGCGGAGGACAAGUUCAAGGACCUGUACCGAUUCACCUUCCAGUUCGGGCUGGACUCGGAGGAGGGCCAGCGCUCGCUGCACAGAGACAUCGCCAUCGCCUUGUGGCGCCUGGUCUUCACCCAGGACACGCCGCCCAUCCUGGACUGCUGGCUGGACUUCCUGACGGAGAACCCGUCCGGGGUGAAGGGCAUCUCGCGGGACACGUGGAACAUGUUCCUCAAUUUCACUCAGGUGAUCGGGCCCGACCUCAGCAAUUACAGCGAGGACGAGGCCUGGCCCAGCCUCUUCGACACCUUCGUGGAGUGGGAGGUGGAGCGCAGGAAAAAGGGGGAGGAGGAGAGGAGGUGUGCCCAGUCCCCCAGCACAGACACUGAAGACAACGGGGCGGGGUCACCACACAGCGGCCACUGACUAAUCAGCUUCGGGGUGUCCAUGGAGUUACACAAGAAGUAGAUUCUCUGUGAAACAUUGGGUGAAAAAAUCUAUAUUGUUAUCUUUAGCAUUAUUAUUAUUAUUAUUAUCAUUGGGAUUUUGUGUUUUUUUUUGUUGUUUUUUUUUGUUUUUUGGUUUGUUUUUUUUAGUAAUGGGUUUGGAUGGAUGUGCAUCUGUGUGAGUGUGAGUGUUUAUGUGUGUGUGCACAAGCACGUGUGUGUAAGGUGGGGGUAAUUUCUCCAGCACCAUGUCCUAUUUGCCUUGUUUUAUGAAAGGGCUCUGAAAUACUAUAUUAUGUUUUUAUUUAAAUUAUUGGGUUUUUAAAAUCAGCCAUGCAGUUGCUUUUUAAACAAUAAAUAAUCCAACCCUCACCAAUCCCCCUAGAAAUGUUACUUUGUCCACAGGCUCCUUCACCAUUUCCCUGUUGCUUUUCACUGAAGCAGCAGGGAACCAGAUUGCCUCAUUUCUCCAGAUCCACAUGCCUCUUUCUCCACAUUAUUUUAUUUCUCUCUUUCAUUUGAAUUAAGCGCAAGUUUUUCAUGGAUUGCAGUAGUGCCACAGCAAAAGCAUUUUUAACAGUAGCUUCUGACUGGGAAUGGUGCCGUUUGCAUUGAAAGCAACUUAACUUCAUUUCCUGUUAUUACUGUUUAAUAUCAAAUGCAGUGAUUCAUAACAGUGUUAUUCAUUCAGUGCCAUUCCUUGAAUAACUGAAAGUGGACCAUUACAUAAAUUUAUUUAUAGAUAUAUAUAUAUUUAUUUCCCUACAGUCUGUUGUUGUUACUGCUUAACAGGCUGUUUGGGUAUUGCUGCAUUGAUACACCAGGGAUACAGAGAUGUCACCUGUAGUCUACUUCCCACUGCCCCGUUCUCUAAUGGCCUCUUAUGUUAAACCAACAAAAUACCAGGGGAAUGAUACUCUCAAAGUGGACCCUAUAAUACGGGAAAAGUACUUCCAACGAGUAGAAGUGUCCAAUUCCCGUUCCACCCAUAUCCUUAAUGAUCUGAUUGAAUCUAUUUGUAACUGAAUUGGGUAGGUGUACCCCGUACUCUUCAGAGGGUGGGAUGUAAGAGUCAUGGUAAAUGUGCUGUAUUGUAAUCCUCUGGGCUCUGCCAGAGUUGUGUAUCUCAGGCUUGCAGGCAGAAUGUGCUCUACUGAAACGCUGUUCCCACCUGCACGACUCCCGCCUGCACCUGAGCUCCAAGCGUGGAUGUUUCCACUCACUCCACCCACACCAGAGUGUGACCUAAAUAAAAGAGGGCUUGGGUUGGGUGUUUUGCCUCUCCAGGGUUAGUUGUGGCCAAAGUGUUUUUGGUGAAAGUAGGCUUGAAAAUUAUUAGCUAGCUUGCUUUAUAAGCCUUUCAAGAUGACCCUACAGAACUUUUCGCUGGUAGUCAAAUUUCUCUAAAGAAUAAUGUUGUCCCCCGUAAAUGCCUUUGUUUUCCAAGUAAAUAUGUCACUCCUGUUCAUCCUUGAUUUAAUAAACACAAAUGUGUUUUAGAAA